UUUUUGAGGUCCUCCCAGUUUAGAGACGCCCAUCUCUCAGUUGGUUGCAUUCCUCCUCGAUGGAAAAAGAAUCCCCCAAAACUUCACCUUCCCAUUUUUGUUUCAUUCGUUGUUGGGCCAUGUAAAAACAAAAUUUCAAGGAUAAGCUUGCAAAGGAAGAGUCGAAUUUUGAAGGUUUCAUCGUCUUUUGAGAGAAGGAACUGUAUCGUUAGCAGGUCCUGUGGAUGAAGAUGUUGCUGCCAUUCCUGGCAUUGCUGCUGACCAGCUGGGGCUUCAUCGAGCCUGCGAGAGGACAAGAUAUGCAGCCUGGAUGCCCUGGUUGUGUUUCAGAAGAGCUGGAUUGCCCAAUCGUUGUGUACUUUGUCCUCGACACCUCGGAGAGUGUGGCCCUGCAGGCCCGUAUCCACGGCGACCUGGUCACCGCCACCAAGGACUUCACCAGGACAUUAGUGGAGACAGCAAAAGAUGGGGUCUACAGGGCUGGUGUGAAACUUAAAUGGGAUUUUGGAGGGUUGCACUUCUCUGACAGGGUGAAGGAAUUCAGCUCCAUAACUCAGGACAGGAGUAAAUUCCUUUCAAGUCUGAGCGGUGUCACUUACAUCGGCCUCGGCACUAUCACGGACUGCGCCCUGAGAAACAUGACCAAAUUCAUAACAGACCAUCACAAGAAUGACCUCGCAAUCCGCUUUGGCAUCGUCGUCACUGACGGUCAUGUGACAGGAAGCCUUUGUGCUGGCGUUCAGGCCGAGGCUGAGAAAGCCAGAGACAACCGCAUCAGGGUGUUUGCUGUCGCCACGGAUGAUGUCGAAGAUGAGGUGGAUCCUCGCUUUGAGCAAACCCUCAGGGUCAUCGCCAACUUACCGCACGAGCUGUACCGAAAUAAUUACACAGCUGCCUCUGCUAUCGAUUCAAACCGACCCAUCAGGUCAAUCAACCAAAUUGUUAAAACUAUGAAAGUGGAAGCCUUCAAUGAGUGUUACAAGAGGAAGAUGGAGUGUCUGCCGUUUAAAGGAGGUACAGGUCCAAAGGGCUUCAAAGGACGGAAGGGAGAAAAAGGAGAAACUGGUCCCAUAGGUGCUCCAGGUCCAAAGGGUCGUCAGGGUGAUCCCGGUAUUGAAGGACCCAUCGGCUUCCCCGGUCCGAAGGGUAUUCUCGGAUUGAAGGGAGAAAAGGGAGAAAUAGGAUCUACCGGAAAGAAGGGUAUGGCUGGAUUGCCAGGCCAAGACGGGAUUGAUGGACAGAAGGGCAAGCAGGGACGCAUUGGAGCUCCAGGAUGUAAAGGAGAUCCCGGUGAUAUGGGACCCCCUGGUUUCCCAGGAACUGCUGGUGAUAGAGGAUUCCCUGGUGAUCCAGGGUCGAAGGGAGAUCCUGGACGUCCAGGAAGAAGUGGCCCACCUGGAACUAAAGGAGUGAAGGGUAACAAGGGGCCACCUGGGCCUCUCGGGCGUCCUGGACUCAUGGGCCAAAAAGGAACAAAGGGAACCAAAGGAAAUCCAGGCCCUAAGGGAGAUGUGGGUCGCAGAGGAGACAUUGGACCCAAAGGAGAAGUUGGACCAAGAGGAAGGGCAGGGGAAAAGGGUGAUGUUGGGACUGAAGGUCCGCGAGGAUUGCCAGGAGAAGCUGGGCUGAAAGGAGAAAAGGGAGAUGUUGGCCUCCCAGGACCCAGAGGAAUCUCUGGCCAACCUGGAGGACCAGGCGUAAACGGAUCACGUGGAGACCCAGGUGAGGUUGGACCAAGGGGUGAGCCUGGACCUCCAGGCCCCAAGGGUGACAAAGGAAGGCAAGGAUUCAGUUUCCCAGGACCCAGAGGAGACCAGGGUGACGAGGGAGAACAAGGACCUGAUGGCUACAUGGGUACCAAAGGAGAAAUGGGACACAAGGGACAGCAAGGAAUUAAGGGGAUUCCUGGUGAAGAGGGUGAUCCUGGGCCAAUGGGGGAGCCAGGAGAGAGAGGGAAACCAGGAGAACCAGGACCAACGGGUAGCCCCGGGCCUCCAGGUGACCCAGCUCUAACAGAAUGCGAUGUGAUGAUGUACAUUCGGGAGACUUGUGGAUGUUGCGACUGUGAGAAGCAGUGUGGACCACUGGAUAUCGUGUUCGUCAUCGACAGCUCUGAGAGUAUUGGACUGACCAACUUCACCUUGGAGAAGAAUUUUGUCAUCAACACCGUGAGCCGGUUAGGGUCGAUGGCCAAGGAUCCGAAUUCUAAAACAGGAGCCCGCAUUGGUGUUGUCCAGUACAGCCACAAUGGAACAUUUGAAGCCGUACAGUUGAAUGACCCAAGAAUCAACUCCCUCUCGGCAUUCAAGGAGGCAGUCAAGAAGCUGCAGUGGAUUGCAGGUGGGACGUGGACCCCGUCUGCCCUCAAGUUUGCCUACGACAAGCUGAUCAAGGCCAACAAACGCGAGCACGCUAAGGUCUUCGCUGUGGUGAUUACCGAUGGGCGCCACGAUCCGCGGGAUGAUGACACGCUGCUCACCUCCCUCUGCCAGGGUGAUGUUAUCGUUAACGCCAUUGGCAUCGGAGACAUGUUCUAUAGGGAGCAGGACGACGAGACACUGCGGUCCAUCUCCUGCCAGCAGAAUGGGCGCGUGCAGAAGAUGAACCUCUUCGCUGACCUGGUGGCUGAGGAAUUCAUCGACAAGAUGGAGACAUUCCUCUGCCCUGACCCUGAGCUGAUCUGCCCUGAUAUCCCAUGUAAAACAGAGCUGGCCGUUGCACCGUGCACACAACGUCCGGUGGAGCUGGUCUUCAUGAUCGAUGGCUCCGAGAGGAUGGGUGCGACCAACUUCGGUCUGGUGCGCGAGUUCGUAGAGAAGGUGGCAUCCGAGUUGCCCCUGGCCAGCAGCAACAACGAUGACCUGAGGGCCCGCCUCGCCGUCCUGCAGUACGGGGGUGAGACGGAGCAGCAGGUGGUCUUCGGUCUGAGCUACAACCUGACGGAGAUCAUGAGCUCCCUGGCUGCGAUGACGUAUCUGGACUCAGCCUCCAACGUGGGCUCUGCCAUCAUCUACGCCAUCCGCAACCUCUUCCAGAGACCCACCAGGCAGGGCUCGGAAAUCUCCUUCGUCUUCAUAACGGACGGCACCAGUGGCAACAGGAGCCUGGUCGAGGCAGUGGACACCAUGCGUAAACACAAUGUUGUGCCCACGGUGAUCGCGGUGGGUCAGGACGUGGACAUGGAUGUCCUGCUGCAGAUAGGGUUAAGGGAGAGGGCCGCUAUCUUCCAGGCCAAUGACUACUCCCAGAUCAAGGAGGAACCCUUCUUCAACAGACUCUUCAGGUGGAUCUGUUAAGGACUUCAAAUCUGAAGCCCUACACUCCCUGGAAGGUUGGCCCCAAGUACCUUCAUUUUAUAUUAGUUUUAUGUUAUUCAGGAAAAGGUAAAACAAGGUGCUUUGUACUCAAGUAAUUAUUUUUUGGUCCUUAUUUUCCUCCUGUCACUUUGUACAUUUCUUGCUCACCAAGUCUUGAGAAUCGCUAGGAGUUGCCCAUUCCAAUUGAACGUUUCCUUGGGGCGACUCUGCCUCUGAGCUCCUGUCAGUCACUUAGGAAGCUCAUGCCUGUGGCAACUCCAUCACACCUACUGGAAAAGCAGCUUCUAUCCCACUGGCACUGUGCCUCAUCUGACUUUUUUUUUCUACCAAAUAAUAAUAGAAAUUGUAUAGAGCCGUUCUUAUCUUUAAAACAAAGACACUAACUUUUUUUUUAAUGCCACUUUAAAUCUUCUCUUUUGUCCAAAGAGGUCACCUGUGCAGGUAUCCUACAACACCAGGUCAGUCCUGAAAGUAAAUAGGAAAUUCCUGGAGCUGCGAAGACAGUCCUAGAGAUAAGGGAAUUCCUGGAAAUCCAAGGACAGUCCUGGAGAUUCCUUAUGAUGCAAGGACAGUCCUAGGUGUUAAAUAGGAAAUUCCUGGAUGUCCCAGGAGAGUCCUGGAAAUUAAAUAGGAAAUUCCAUACAAUGCCAAGACAGCCCUGGAUAUGAAAUAGGAAAUUCCUGGAGAUGUCGUGGCAGUCCUGGACUGGAGUUCUCUCCCCUUGUGCCUCUACCCGCCAUCGAAAGCAGCACAUUGUUUUACUGUUUAGUAACUCCUUCAUUGAAGUGUGCACUGUUAACUUGAAUUUCUCUGAGCAAACUAGGGAGUAUCAAUUGAUGCCAAAGUUUGAGAUGGAGGCCAGCCACUUGAAUUGAAGCUUCCUUUUCCUCCCACUGCCUUCCGUCUCCCUCCAUCCCGUCACCUCCAAUCUCAGUGUCCUUUCCUGGCAGCGACAUUCCAUCAAGCUGCCUACUCUUAACGUACUGUAGGGUAGCCAGAGGGAAGUACAGGCCAUUGGAUAGAAGGGUGAAGAGUAUACUGGGCACCCUAACACGUUACCUAGACUAUGUUCCCAAAUACUGCUACGCUUGGCCUGUCAGCAGCGUGCAGUCUGUGAUCUGUCCAGGUCAGUUUAGUCCUUGCCACUGAAAGCGCCACUGUUUAAACUGUGCAGUGUCCUAUAACUGACCAAUAGCCACAGCACACCAUGUCAUUUUCAGAGUUUACUGACCUUGGGAGAAAAAUUUGUGCAAUUAGAUCAGUUCACAUCUCAAAAUAAGACGAUAGGGGCGACGAAAAAGGGAAUAGCUUGUCCUUAAGGGCUGUUAUGUUUUGUGUGGAUAAACCCUCUUAACCUCCUCACUGUCUUUGCUUAGCGUGGGACAGAACAUGGGCAAAGUCAGUUGCAGGGCAUCAGUCCCUGGGAACUGCAGAAACUCCAUCAUGUGGUUAGGCCAUGGUUUCUGCCAUCCAAUCCAGCUGCCAAAACACACUUGCGCAAACACUUAUAAAAGUAUUGGGAAGAUUUUGGAUAAAAUGAGUGGAAUGGAAUGGGCCAUUAAACUUUGUAAGUCACUUGAUGUCAUUAUAUAGAUUUAAGCUUGAUAAAGGUGCUAUUUUUAUUCUGAUGGUAACAAUGUGUUGUGGGACUUGGGAGGCUGCUUUCUCCUCACCAGCAGGUGGCGGUAUUGUGCAAUGAGUGUCCUUUCCCACUCAGUGAACUUUCAGAUUAAGUUCAAAAUUCAAAGUAAAUUUAUCACUAAAAAUAAUAAUAACACAUGAAUGAGAAAUAAAUAUCAAGCACAUGAGAUGAAGAGUCUUGGAAAGUGAGUUCAUAGUUUUAUGGGAACAGUUCAGUGAUGGGGUGAGUGAAGUUAUCCCCUAUGGUUCAAAAGCCUAAUGGUUGAGAGUAACUCUUACUGAACCUGGUGGUAUGAUUCCUGAGGCUCCGGUGCCUCCUUCCUGAUGGUUGAGGAGUAAUAACUGUUCCUGAACUUGGUGGUGAGGAUUCUGAGGCUCCUGAACCUCCUUCCUGAUGGUUGAGGAGUGAUAACCCUGAACCUGGUGGUGAGGGUCCUGAGGCUCCUGAACCUCCUUCCUGAUGGUUGAGAUAACCCUGAACCUGGUGGUGAGGGUCCUGAGGCUCCUGAACCUCCUUCCUGAUGGUUGAGAUAACCCUGAACCUGGUGGUGAGGGUCCUGAGGCUCCUGAACUUCCUUCCUGAUGGUUGAGAUAACCCUGAACCUGGUGGUGAGGGUCCUGAGGCUCCUGAACCUCCUUCCUGAUGGUUGAGAUAACCCUGAACCUGGUGGUGAGGGUCCUGAGGCUCCUGAACCUCCUUCCUGAUGGUUGAGAUAACCCUGAACCUGGUGGUGAGGGUCCUGAGGCUCCUGAACUUCCUUCCUGGUGGCAAUAGGAAGAAGAGAGCAUGGCCUGUAUGGUGGAGGUCCUUGAGGUGAAGGCAGUCAAACAGAUAAUGGGCGAUUGCAUUGAAUGAAAUGAACCCAAGUCAUUGGCUCUCCCAGAUGCUGGCAAGAUCUUCCAGGGCCUUAAGUAUUUGUGGUUGGUUUUGCAUACAGAAGUUUAGAUAUGGUGUAAGGUGACUUGCCCUUGCUCAGUGUACAAUCUGAGGUGUAUUUGAAAUAAAAAUCUCCUGAGCCUCCCUCACCAAACAAGCCUCCCUCACCAAACAACGUCCUUGUGUGUCCUGUCUAUUGCUGGCUCCACACACAGAGUGGCAGAGAGUCACCCUUCAGUGUCAAAUGUCCAGCAGAUCAGUCCUCUUCCCUAGUAUCUGGCUCAUAGAGGAUCCGUCAGCACAGUGAGGCUCAUCAGACUUGUUGGGUGAGACAGCCACCCUUUGACACUGAGUCCUGGUGGGCUUAGCCUGUUUACUAUUGGAGAGCCACAAAGCUUUGUAAUAUAUAUUUCUAGAGAAACAAACAAAAAAUUUAGAGGUACUCAACAGGUCAGGCAGCAUCUUUGGAGAGGAAUAAGCAGUCAACAUUUUGGGUAGAGGCCCUUUGUCAGGAUUGGUGAAGGGUUCAGGCCCAAAACGUUGACGAGUCCUGAUGAAGGGUUUUGACCUGAAACGUUGACUGUUUAUUCCUCUUCGUAGAUGCUGCCGAACCUGCUGAGUUCCUCCAGCAUUUUGUGUUGGUUGUUCUGGAUUCCCAGCAUCUGCAGAAUCUCCUGUGUUUAUCAUUUCUAGAGAAUGUUAUUUUUUGCAUUGAAAUAGUUGUUAUCAGUUGUUCCACAAAUGUAUUUUCAUACAAUCUGCUGCAUCCAAAUUUGAAUAGUUCUGUAUUGAAUACCAAAUAAAUAAAUGGAUUUUACAAAA